GAGCCGGGAUCAGUGGCGGUGGGCAUUGGGCGGUGGGACAUGAGCGUUGAAAAUGAAAAGGCACAAUGGCGAAUGAAGUCAGCAACAACAACCAACACUGUAAUUCUUCACUGACUACUAUGACUGUCCGCGUAAAGUAAGCAGUCAACUACUUCUCAAUCGUGCUUCCCUCCUUUCUCCCGCUAAUCUCGCCUCCUCCUACUUUCUAUCUCCUUCCUUAUUACUGUCCUAACACUAAAUCUCAUCAUCACCAAAUCAUGUCUCCCCUCAUUCUCUCUUUCUUCCUCCUCUUUCUUCCUCCUCUUUCUCUCUCCACCCCCUUCAAUAUUUCUUAUCACAUUGACUGCGGCGGCUCUACCACCUUCACCGACCACUUCAAGACUACCUGGCUUUCUGACCGCUACUUCACCGGCGGUGCAACUUCUGUUGUUUCCGAACCACUUCAAUUCUCUCUUCAACAGGAGAAGACUCUUCGCUUCUUUCCUCCGACUACCACCGGUCCUAAGAACUGCUACAUCCUCCCUACUGCUGUUCACGGCGGCCGUUAUCUCUUUCGUACUUUCACUACUUACGAUAAUUACGAUGGUAAAAAACAUACCCCCAGCUUUGAGGUCUCCGUUGAGGGAACUGUCGUCUUUAGUUACCAUUCGCCUUGGACGGAAUCUGUCUCCUCCUCCGAUGGAUUUUACUCUGAUCUUAUCGCCUUCGUUUCCGACGGCGAGGCAGAUGUUUGUUUUUACUCAAUUGCAACUGAUCCUCCCAUUAUCGGAACCCUAGAAGUUAUCGAGAUUGAUCCGGCGUCGUAUGACGCUUCCAAUUUGGGGAAUGACACUGUUUUGGUUAAUUAUGGAAGGUUGAGCUGCGGGCAUCACAAGUGGGGGCCGGGGAUAAGCAACGACAACGAUAUCAUGUGGCGGUUGUGGCAGUCGGAUGUCGAAUUCCGGUCUAAAAACACCACCGGGGUGAAGGUGAUUUCGACCACUAGGGCAGUUGGCGGGACGAAUCAGAAGCCGAAUUAUUUCCCUAUGAAGCUAUAUCAGACUGCGGUUACUGUAGUGGGGAAUGGAGUAUUGGAGUAUGAACUGAAUGUAGACGCUAAGGUUGAUUAUUUGUUGUGGUUUCAUUUUGCGGAGAUCAGUUCUACAGUUACUAAGGGUGGGCAAAGGGUGUUUGAUGUGCUAGUGAAUGGGGUGUCAGUGAAUCGUAUUGAUGUUUUUAAGGCGGUUGGAGGGUUUAAGGCUUACAAUUGGCAUUAUGUUGCUAAGAAUUUGAGUAGUACGUCUUUGAAUCUGAAGUUGGUUCCUGUUGUUGGAGAGCCUAUUCUUAGUGGGUUGGAAACUUAUGCCAUUGUGCCUAAUGAUCUUGCUACUGUUCCUGAUCAAGUUGUGGCGAUGAGGGCAUUGAAGGACUCGCUUCAAAUUCCAGGUAGAAUGGGUUGGAAUGGCGAUCCCUGUGCCCCUACUACUUGGGAUGCAUGGGAAGGAGUUAUUUGUCGUACUAACAAAGAUGGGAGUGCCCUCGUUAUUUCUCAAAUUGACCUAGGGAGCCAGGGUUUGAAAGGAUUUAUUAGCGACCGGAUCAGUCUCUUAACGAACUUGGCCAUCUUGAAUUUGAGUUCUAAUUCCUUGACGGGCUCUUUGCCAGAAGGCCUUGGUCAGCAAUCUCUUGUAAAGCUGGAUUUGUCAAAUAAUGAGCUUACAGGAGCUAUUCCUGAUAGUCUUGCUUCAUUGAGAAAUCUGCGUCUUGUGCUCUUGAAUGAUAAUAAACUGGAAGGACGAGUGCCGGAACAGAUUUACUCGGUUGGUGUACAUGGUGGAGCUAUCGAUCUCUCUGCAAACAAGGGUCUGUGUGGUACACCUUCUUUGCCAGAUUGUCCUCUUUUUUGGAGCAAUGGUCGAUUGUCCCGCGGUGGUAAAAUCGCAAUAGGACUUUCUUGCAUGGUUAUUGUCAUGCUGCUUCUGCUGGUGACAUACAUCUGUAUAAGAAGAAAGAGGAAUGAUUAUGACUUUGGUCUACCACAUGAGUUAAUAUCAAUGGCUGCAAAGAGAAACCGCUAUCAUCGACAAAAGUCUUUGAUGGUCCUUGAAAUGGAAAGCCAGCAUGCUAAAGGUUUAAUACCAAUAAUGAAACCUCAAUAACACGAGACACCUUUGGGCAAGAACAAAGUUUUGCAACACUAUUUCCAGCUAACCAGUAGUUGAUAGGAGAAGGUCCUAUGAAAUUGUUGAGAUGUUAUUGAAGAGAGCUCAAUAUAAUCAAGAUUUUGACAGGUUCGGCAUCUUCCAACAAUUUGUAGCGAAAUGUGGUCACAGCACAACCUAUUCCAUGAGAAAUACAGUGCAUCGUAUUUAUUCUAUGGAGGUGGCAAAAAAAGUGAAAUGCCUUUGAAAACUGUAAGUACUUUACUCAGAUUUGAGGGCAUUUUGUUGUAUGUAUGAUAUCGACAUCCACUGCUGAAAUGGUUAAAAUUUUCGUACUCAACUUGCAGCUGCUGGUCCCAAAUCAACUUGUCAUCAUUAUUGAUCCAAUUCCUAGGGUUGCAGUUUUUUUUUUGUUUUUUUGUAUAUUCUUCAUGUUACUAAUUUACUAUCAGAUAAAAACUUGUAUUCGUUUGGUCAACUAUGAUCCUGGGUUGCUUUAUUAAGCCUGAGAGGAAUUUAUGAAGCACGGAGUAGUGUUUUGCGAUCAAAAUAGCCUCUGGAAACCUGUAUCAAAGCAAUUGAAUUCCUUUUAAACAGCUCUCGUCGGUGAAAGCUUACUGUGAAUAUAUUGUGUUAUCACAUCAUUUUAAUACUUCAUUCAUACAGCAUAA